GAAAGAAUGAAUGACUUGUUUAAGUUUUUUGUUUUUUUUUUUUAUUUUGGAAAGGCAAAGACUUGUUGAGUUAUUAGCCAAAAACCCAACUUCCUAAACCGCCCAAAUCAAAUGUUACUAGGAAUUGGGACCAAGAUCAAACACUUUUCUUCCUUGAUCCGCACUUUGUCCACCCACAACCACCAUAAACCGCCGCCAGCACCACCACAAGACCCACAUGCUCUUCUAAAACAAGACCCAUUUGAAAUCCUUUCUGAUUUAUGGGUCAAAACCUUUUCAACCCGAACCCAUUUCUCAAACCUAACCGGCUUUCUUUCCAAACUUGACUUAUGGGUCUUAGCCUAUCAACGCACCUGUGCCCAUUUCACUGGUUCUUUUCCUGCCAAACAAUCCAUUCAAACCCAUGUCUUAAAUGACCUUUUAUCCCUCAAAAACGCUGUCGUUUUGGGUCAGUUUCAGUGGAAUGUUAAAACCCUUAAACCCUAUGUGAAAAACCCUAAUGAAAAAAAUGAGCUUUCGGGUCGAAAGAUUCGAGCUUUUUCGAGUUCUGAUGAAACCCCAUUUCAAGAUUCUGUGGUUCAAGAAUUGUUGUUGAUGAUUCUUGAACCGGUUUUUGAACCGAGGUUUUCGUGUAAGUCACAUGGGUUUCGGCCUAAACGGAAUGCGCAUACGGUUGUCAGGACUAUUAGGAGUAACUUUGCUGGGUAUGUUUGGUUUUUGAAAGGCGAUUUGACCCGAGUUUUUGAUGGGUUAGAUGUUGAUUUGAUGAUUAAGUUUGUUGAAAAAGGGGUCAAGGAUGAGAAAGUAUUGUGUUUGAUUAAAUCGGGACUAAAAGGAGUAUCGAAAUCGGGACAUGGUUUGAAUGAAAAGGUGUUUAGAAGAAAGAAAAAGAAAAAGGGUUUGAAGAGUAAGAAAGUUCUUGAUAAAAAUGAGGCGAAACCGGAUCCUUAUUGGUUAAGGAUAUUUUAUGAUUUUGCACCUUUGGAAGCUGCUAAGGUACCUAAUUAUGGUUAUUGUGGAAUUUUAAGUCCUUUAUUUUCUAAUAUAUGUCUUAAUGAAUUAGACCAUAUGAUGGAAGAGAAAAUCCUUGAAUUUUCUCGUACGUUAGAUGAUAAUUUGGUCAUGAAUGACGUUAAUGGUAUGAGUACUCCUUCGUGGCCUGAGUUUGUUCGUGGGGGUGGGAAGGAUAAAACUAAAAAAAUGGAUUAUAUUCGGUAUGGUGGUCAUUUUUUAAUUGGAGUUAGAGGGUCAAGAAAGGAUGUAGUUGAGAUUAGGAAUUUGAUUAAAGAGUUUUGCUUAGACAAAUACGGAAUUGAUUUAGACGACUCAAAGAUGGAGAUUGAACAUGUAAGUAGAGGGAUUCAAUUUUUGGAUCAUGUAAUUUCUCAAAGAGUAAUUUAUCCGACUAUUCGUUUUGCAUCAAAUGGUGGUCAUAUUGUAACUCAAAAGAGUGUUGGGAUUUUGCUUUCUAUUACUGCAAGUUUACAACAAUGCAUACGACAGUUUCGAAAGCUUAAGCUUGUUAGAGGUGAUAAAGACCCUGACCCGUUACCAUGUACACCUAUGCUUUAUUGUGGUCAAGCACAAACAAACGCACAAAUGAAUAAGUUUUUAGAAACAAUGGCUGAUUGGUAUCAGUAUGCAGAUAAUAGAAAGAAAAUUGUUGGUUUCUGUGCAUAUGUGAUUCGAAGCUCUGUGGCUAAAUUAUAUGCUGCAAGGUAUAAAAUGAAAUCACGGGCAAAGGUUUUCAAGAAGGCAUCGCGUGAUCUCAGCCGUCCACUUAGGCAGAGUAUGGACAAUAGGACUCCAGAAUAUGCAGAUCUGCUAAGAUUAGGACUUGCUGAUGCCAUUGAAGGAGUUAGAUUUUCUCAUAUGUCUAUGAUUCCAUCUUGUGAUUAUAGCCCAUUUCCACGGAACUGGAUCCCUGAUCAUGAGCGGGUGUUGCUUGAUUAUAUCAAAUUGCAGGAUUUGAGGUUCUUUAGCGAGUUACAGAGAUCGGUGAAAGAUCGAAGGCUAUGUUUGCCUCAAGAUAUGCUUGGUGUGAUUGUGUGGGACUACAAAACUCUUGGGGCACGAAAGCUGGGGUUUCACAGAGGGACAAGAGUUUCUUCUGAAUCUGGGUCUUAAGUUUGGUAUGCUGGAAAUAGAGAGAGUAGUGAAUAUUUGGAUAGAAAUUGAGAGAACCUAAUAUUUUUUGUUCUCGUGAUUUUGUAGUAUUGAAGCAAAAUUCUGGGUAUACUGUUUGCUAGAACUUUACUUCUAUAGUUCUAUGUAUGAGAAAGCUUUGGAGAUAAAGAAUCUGGGAGGUUUCAUAUUAAGUUAUUAAUGAUAUGAAACUACCCUUGACAAAGAUUAAAUUAUUUAGGGGAAGAUCGUAACAAAUAUUGUAUAGUUGUAAAACUGACAGAACUUUUAAACCUCUCUUUUCAACUUGAAAACAUGUAAAAUCAUUGUUUUCGAGAAUAAAGCAUGAAGGAUAGGCGGGGAUGGUUCAUGGUUGACUAAAUAUGAGUUCGAAAGUUACAAGCAUAAAUUAUCCCUAUAUAAGAAAUAUGGUGAAACUGAAGCACAUUAGAGUCUGGCGAUGUUGCUACAGGGACAUAUUAGCCUAAGCUACCUGUAAAUUGGUGACUUUGACAUGCCGGGAGGAUUCUAAUAGCCAAAAGCCUCAUAAACUAAAGAUAGGGGGCUCCCAGGUUCAAAUUCAAAACUUGUGAAAAGAAAGUUAUAUCUAUUUGAAUUUGUGAAUUGGUAGUAAGGAAUACCUAUUCCGUCUCUUCAUUCUACUAAGUAUAGAUUGUAUAGUAUGAUUAUGCUUGGGGCUAUACAUACCUGGAAAAUUUUUUUAUCA